CCCAUAACUACUACUACUACUACUACUAGCAACAGGUCGCCUUACUACCAAUACGAUCCUACUUAGUAUUCCUGACUCGUCAUUAUACAAAUGGAAAUUGUCAAGGCCUAAAACGUAACGUCAUUGUGUGGCCCAGAUAUAAACGUAGUUUACCAGACUGAAAAAUGGCUAUUGGAGUGCUACCACUGCUGAUAGCUGCGGCUGCAGCUUUUAUGGUUGUUAAACUUCUGAUGUUUAUUUUCGCCAAACCCCCAUCAGCCAACCCGUUUGAAAAACGAUGCACUGCAGAAAUAAGGCCUAAAGUCAUUGAUCAGAAACAGAGAGAUCAAGUUCUUAAGCAAGGGUUCAGCAAAGAUAAAAUACCAGAUGGAUUAGAUGCAAUUGUGAUAGGCAGUGGGAUUGGAGGUCUCUCAACAGCUGCUUUAUUAUCCAAAGCUGGAAAGAAGGUGCUGGUAUUGGAGCAACAUGAUCAGGCUGGAGGUUGCUGUCAUACUUUUAUAGAUAAAGGGUAUGAGUUUGAUGUUGGAAUUCAUUACAUUGGUGAAAUGCAUUACCAGUCUGUGACUAAAACAUUUGUUGAUCACAUCACUAAUAGGCAGCUGGAUUGGGCACCUCUAGAGGAUGAUUUUGAUGAAGUAGUUUUUGCUGAAAAGGAUAAGGAACUUCGUAGAUAUCCUGUUUACUCAGGAAAAGAAAAGUGGGCGGCAAGCCUCAAAAAGCAUUUCCCAGAUGAAGAAGAUAAUAUUGACAAAUUCUUCGGCAUAAUGGAUGAUGUACGACGCAACAGCCGUACUGCAAUGUUAGUCAAGUUCAUUCCUCUUUGGUGUGUGAAGAUCUUUGAAACAACUGGACUUAUUAACUUGUUUACAAAUUUCUACAAAUGGAAUGCAUUGACAGUCAAAGAUGUAUUGUCAGAUGUAAUAGGGAAUCAGGAGCUGAGAGAUAUUCUGUGUUAUAAUUUUGGAGAUUUUGGCACUCCCCCAAGCAAAGCUGGUCUUCCCAUGCAAACACUGCUUCAUUCACAUUUUGCUGCAGGUUCUAGUUAUCCAGUUGGGGGAGCAUCAGAGAUUGCAUUUCAUAUAAUUCCAGUUAUUGAAGAAUCUGGAGGCAAAGUUUUAGUCAGAGCUGAGGUUGAGCACAUUUUAUUGGACUCUGAGGGCAAAGUUUGUGGAGUACAAGUGAAAAAAGGAAGUUCAUCUAUGGAUGUCAAUGCCCCUUUGGUCAUUUCAGAUGCAGGUGUUUACAACACAUACAAGAAGUUAUUGCCUUUGGAAGUAGCUUCAUCAUCGAACCUGUGGUCCGUGUUUAAGAGUUGUGAGUCUGGACCUGGUUGCAUGUCAGUCUUUGUGGGCCUUGAUUGCCCUGCUGAAGACCUUGACAUAUAUCACAGGAAGAAUGUUUGGGCCUUUUCAGACAAUGACAUUGAUAAGUUGGCUCUUGAUUAUCUUAGCAUGACCCGUGAGGAAGCAGAAAAUGUUGAUGUACCAUUAAUCUUUAUAUCCUUUCCCUCGACGAAAGACCCCGAAUGGAACAAGAAGUAUCCAGGCAAAACAACCAUGGCUCUAGUAACAUUUAUUCCAUACGAAUGGUUCUCAGACUGGGAGAAUGAACGUGUCAUGAAGAGAGGGGACGAGUAUGAAAGCAUUAAGAAAGUUUUUGGUUAUAAAGCUAUAGACCAGGCAUGCAGACUGUUCCCUUCUAUUAAGGAUCAUAUUGAUUAUGUAUCAAUUGGAACACCUGUGACAAACAAACAUUACAUUGCUGCACCAAAAGGGGAAAUUUAUGGACUAGACCACACUUCUGCAAGAUUCUCAUUAUGGAAUAAUGCUCUGUUAAGGCCUAAGACCGAUAUACCAGGACUUUUCUUGACUGGACAGGAUAUAUGUUCAUGUGGAUUUUCUGGAGCUCUGUGGGGAGGAUUUCUGUGUGCUGGAUCCGUCUUACAGCGGAAUAUUAUGAAUGAUCUGACUGUACUCCAUAGACGUGUCAAGUUGGAUGCAGGUCUACAGAAAAAGUGUUAGACUUUAUGUUAAAGUGUCUUCUUGCCCAAAAGAGCUUAUCACAAUUUUCUUGUCCAUAUAGGUGGCAUUCCACAUGAAAUUUUUGUCCGCAGGAACAGUGCUCUUUACCCAGCAGAAAACUAUAACAUUUCACUAUCAUGUUUUAAAGAUUGAGAAAGAGCAAAGGCCUCACAAUCACUGAACAGCGUUGAAUGUUUUGCUAAGUAUGAUUUGUUGUUUUCAUUGAAGGAAAAGUAAAUGCAGCUGGAUCAACGAUAGCUAGGACUGUAAUUGUGGUUUUUAUUGCAAAAAAAUGAAUAAAAAAAAUUAUGGUGUGAUGCCACUUUUAUUAGGGCAUUGCUUUGUUAGGUAUUAGUUUCUAUUUGACUGAUUCUAGAAAAUAUGGUGGUUAUCAGAUGUUAUGCUAAAGUUUAGUACCAUAUAUUUUGACUCAGAAAUGGUCCAUGUCAUAUGCGGUGGAGAUAAUGGCGAUUCAUUCAAGGUGAUUAUUUGGGUUGCUUAUUGUUUAUAAGUAAUACAUUUUUUCUUACAAAAUGAUGUAAUGGAUUGUGAGAGAUUUUAUUAAAAGAAUCAGUCACGUUGUCAUUAUAUUAUUAGCUGUAUAGUGAAUUUGAUGACCAAGAGCCCAUAUAGUACCCAUGUUAAUUUUAAGGAAAUCUUUCCUAACAUAUUCCUUUAAGGAAAUCUUUUAUAACAUCUUCCAUAUCAUUAUUUUUUCAUCUUGUAUUGGCUGGAGAUAGAAGGCUUUAGAGAUAUGAUAGGGAUCAUUGGUUCAUAUUAUUGUUGUAGAAAGAUGUAGGAAUCAGAUAAAGGCCACAUGGUCUCUUUUGAUGUGAGUUGCAUUAGAUGCCACAUUUAUCAGUAAAUCUUUCAAAAAGUAACUGAUAUAUCCUGGCAUUGUAAAUGUGUAAAGCUAUACGUCAGGAGUAUUCUUGACCCUUAAUCAUCAACACAAAAUUUGUUCAGUGUAGUACAUCUUGUCUAUAGUAAUGAGACUGCUUUUGGUGGACAUAGAUGAUGAAGUCUUAUUUGACUUUUUCUGCUUUUACUUAUUUUUGCAAGGCUUGUGUGGUUAUGUUUAAGGUAAUUAUGAAUUUGGCUUUUGUGGUUCCAUUGUAUAGAAUUAUGAAUUAUUCCACAAAUAUUGGUGGCUUUCAUCAACAGUAAAUUAGAAGAUACUUAUGCAUUUAUGUAAUGUUUAAUGUACAAUUAAAACAGAUGUACUCAAUUUGUUCAGUAUGCAAUUUUGUUCAACUGCAGUAGGGCAGGAGCUAUUUAAUUUGCUCACUUCUUUCAUAGUUCUCAUAGUUCAUAUUCUAUGCAAGAGUCUUUAGCAAACUCAAAGCAUAAAGCAGCUAAAAUUUAUAAUCAUUCUGUAUUAAAAAAGCUAAAAGCUUUUGGUGCUACUAUGUUCAUUUAUCCCAGAGGUGCUUAUUUUAGUGAGAAAGCUGGUAAAUGUAGAAAUUCGUGUUCAUCAAUAACUGAUGCAGAAUCACUAAGUUUUGGUUGAUACUUUUGUUAAUUUUGAUGUUCUUACCUUUUUAUUACUAAGAUUUCUGUACAGUCAAUGUAUGCCGGGUUGUGUUUUGCUGAUGUGCUAUAUGCAUUAUUUUUAUACUGUGUACAGGACCUAAGACUGUAUGUCAACCAUAAUAUAGACAGUUCACAUUAUAUACUAGUGUAUUUCUACAUGCUUAGGUGCAUUUUAAUUAUUUACCCUUUGUUAUUGUUGAGAGAUUAAAUUAAUCUUAUGCAUUUUAAAGUGAUUUAUUUUCUUGACUAAGGUAAAUAAUUAUCAGUCAGAAAAAUAAUGCAAUGUAGUUGCUGAUGCUAUUUGUCAGUCUAGCCAUGUACAGAAGAUAGUGGUACCAGUUGCACUAUCACUAGAUCUAACACCAGGUUGAAUAGUAACAGCACACAUGAUUCUUACACAUGGUAUAUUAAUCCUUUGAUUAUCUGGAUUAAUAUUAAUAGAGCCAAGGCCUCAUUGGAUAAUGACAAAAUCCGGAUAAGGGAGAGUAAAAAACUCUACAGGUGUUCAAGGGCAACAUUGUACCCUUCCACCUACCCCUGUCAAUACCACAUAACCAUAAACACUCAGCAUGCUUAUGAACAACAACCAUCACACUUUAGAUGGGAAAUUUUAUGCAAAAGGGGAUUAUCUACCUUUUCCCCCAUAUAUUUGUAACAAUAGGUACUGCAUAAAUAAACUGAAAAAAAAUUC